CCACGAACCAAUCCACGCUUUUCCCCCCAACUCUCCACGAUCCAGCCGACUGUGAAUGCCGUUGUGGUUCCCCGAUGCCCGUCACGUCGCUGGUUUCGGGCCCUUCCCCCAGUUCACUUCGUGAUAUUUAUAUGGCCACUCCCAACUCUCAUCAUGGGUUCUUUUCUCCAGAUCAGCUUCAUAUUAAUCUUUUCUCUCUCGCCUUUGGGUGAUGUUUUAAUCUUUUCCCGAAAACACUGAUCAAUCACUGUACAUACCUCUCGGAUUCGGUCACUUCCCGCCCACCACCCGAAGCUUGAUAGUCUCUUACACAGUGUCGCCGACAUGGCCCCUGCACAACAAGAGAAAUAUGACAUCGUCAUCGUGGGCGCUGGCCCCGUUGGCAUUGUCCUGUCGCUUUGCAUGUCCCGGUGGGGCUACAAAGUGAAGCACAUCGACAACCGCCCCGUGCCGACCGCCACCGGCCGCGCCGACGGUAUUCAGCCUCGUUCGACCGAGAUUCUCCGCAACCUGGGCCUGAAGCGCCAGAUCAUGGCCUUCAAGCCUGCCAAGGUGUAUGACGUUGCUUUCUGGGAUCCCCUUGCCGGCGGAAAAGGUAUUCACCGCACGGGCAGCUGGCCUAGUUGUCCCCGCUUUAUCGACACUCGUUACCCUUUCACAGCUCUGGUCCACCAGGGCAAGAUCGAGCGCGUGUUUCUGGAUGAGAUUGCAAAGGCCGGUACCAUUGUUGAACGACCAUGGACGAUCAUUGGGUUCAAGAACGAUGGUUUGGACGAGACAUAUCCGGUCGAAGUGCAGCUCAAGUCCAUCGACACCAACGUGAUUGAGACGGUCCGUACCAAGUAUCUGUUUAGCGGUGAAGGUGCUCGGAGUUUUAUCAGACAAGAGCUUGGCAUUCAGAUCCAGUACAAGGACCCCAUCUCCUAUGUCUGGGGUGUCAUGGAUGGUGUCGUGAGGACCAACUUCCCCGAUAUUGAGACCAAGUGCACUAUCCACUCAGAUGCCGGUUCCAUCAUGGUUAUUCCCCGGGAGGACAACAUGGUCCGUCUCUAUGUCCAGAUCGCUUCGUCUAGCGAUCCCGACUUCGACCCGAGGAAGACAGCCACCGCCGAGGAGGUCCAGGCGACCGCCAAGAAGAUUCUUCAACCAUACUGGGUGGAGUGGGACCGCGUGGAAUGGUAUUCCGUUUACCCCAUCGGUCAGGGUAUCUCUGAGAAAUAUACUCUGGAUGAGCGUGUGUUCAUGGGUGGCGAUGCUUGCCACACUCACAGCCCCAAGGCCGGUCAAGGAAUGAACACUGCUUUCCACGACGCCCUGAACAUGGCCUGGAAGCUUCACGCCGUCGAGUCCGGUCUGGCCAAGCGCUCGAUUCUCAGCACUUAUGAGAGCGAGCGCAAGGAUAUUGCAGAGACUCUUCUGAGCUUCGACAACAAGUACGCCGCCUUGUUCUCCAAGCGUCGCCCUACUGCGGGUGAAGUGGGCGAGGCCAGCCACACCGCUGCUACCAACGGUGAGGAAGACGAGUUCGUCCAGACCUUCAAGUCCUCUUGCGAGUUCACCAGUGGCUAUGGUGUUGCCUACAAGCCCAAUGUUUUCACCUGGGAUCCAAGCCACCCCGCGCAGUCCCCACUGUUCGACAUUCCCGGCGUGAAGCUGACGCCUGGCCGCGCUUUCACCCCUACCACAGUCACCCGACUGGCCGAUGCCAACUUUGUGCACUUGGAACAGGAGAUCCCUGCCAACGGUGCGUUCCGUAUCUUCAUCUUCGCCGGUAAACAGAACAAGACCAGCAAGGCGAUUGCGGAUCUUGCUGCCAACCUUGAGAAGGAGCGCUCGUUCCUUUCCGUGUACCGCCGAAGCGACAUUGCCGAUGUCUCAUUCUUCGAGCAUCACCUCCCUCACUCCAAGCUUUUCUCCAUCUGCCUGGUCUAUGCUGGGGAGAAGAACCAGAUCGAUGUGGACGCCGUGCCCAAGAUCCUCCGCGACUACCACCACCACAUCUAUGCCGACAAUAUUCCCGACGUGAGGGUUCCUCAGGCCAAGUACGCUGCGCACGAGAAGUUGGGCUUCGACCCCGAGAAGGGUGGUGUGGUCGUCACUCGUCCCGACAGCCACGUCGCCUGUACGGUGCAGCUGGCCGAGGGCAGUGGCACUGUUGAUGCCCUGAACGCAUUCUUUGGCGCAUUCGCAACGAAGCCUUUGGGCCAGGAUCAACAGCAGAGCCGUCUAUAAGCGGGCAUCACACUGAUCUUGUAUUUUAGUGUCUCCUCGAUUUGAGGAAUGUUGUACAUAGUCUUUUCUGAUUUGGUUCCUGGAUUCGUUCAGCUCAAGCGAUUAUGGACCGGCAUGAUUGGCGUUGUUAUGUGUUUUAGCAGUUCAAUCAAGAUUUAGAUAUGC